AUGGGCCCAUUGAUAUCCCUCCUCUACAUGAUAGGUGCUACGGUCGGCUGUAUCUACCUGAAGAUCUGGAGCGAAGCCGCUAUCUGCGCUGCAAGUGCCGUCUUCAUCGUAUUAUGUGUGUUCAUAUUCAAGUCGAGGUAUAGGCUUGCGCGAGACUUGCUCGAUACCGCCAAUCAGGCCGCUCAAGCGCAUUGGUCGGUCUUCUGGACAGUUCUCAUUGGAACCUUGGUUCAAGGCUUGAGUUCCCUCUGGAAUAUCGCUACGUUCAUCUCAGUGUUUCUCGUUUUUGAACCAUGGCAUCAAGGAUGCGACGAUGGAGACUAUUGUUCUGCUGGCAUGACCUGGGUACUCCUGAUCUUUGUAAUCAUCGAGUACAUGUGGAUAUCCGGAGUUAUCAGUAACGUCACAUUGACUGUCAUGGCGGGCGGACCUUAUGCUCUUGUUGACGGGUCGCUGAAGGUUGAUGAAUGGUGGAACUGGCUGAUUCUCCUCUACUCUUUCAUCCUCGCGCUCAAUAUCGGUCUCGCUCUGACAUCCGCACUCGAAGCUGGUGUGACGACAAUCUUUGUAUGUCUCGACAAAGAUCCAGACUAUCUGAAGCAGCGCAAUCCCCGUUUCUACGAUGACUUGUGCGCACACCCUAGCUACUAUUCGAUAGUGAUGCCAGAGGCAAAUCAGCCCUUACAACCGCGAGAAAAAGCUUAA